AUGAGCACCCCUCUCCCCUCCGCCGACGACAGCGACCGAAUAUACAGGCCCGACGCCUGGAGAUCUUUCGCCAAUAGAUGGACCGCGCAUGACCAUGAGCCAAAUUCGCGUAAGCAAUGCCAGCAGCAGCAGCAGCACCAUGAAACCGAAUCUUCAUCGUCUAGUCGGCAAGGCAGACGCCUAGAGUUGGAGAGACCCUCUGAACCGAAUGUGCCUACGUAUCAGUACCCGUCUCCUGGGCGGGGUCCGUGGCGUGAUCGGAGACCUGCACCUGCGCCUGCGCCCACACGCGUAUAUGCGCAUACACAAAUGGCGUCGAUACCGCUGGGGGGCGCAGCAAUACCUUUGUUGCAGUUUCCAAACCAUUUCUCGCUGCCACAUCAGCAGCAACAGCAGUAUCAGAACCAAUUCCAAUUCCAUUAUCAACAUCAAUAUCAGCAGCUGCGUGCUCCACUCCAAUAUUACCCGCACCCGUUCUCUACCAUCCUCCCCUUUACGCCGAUCAAUUACUAUUCCACCAUGGCCACUCAACAUACGUCGGAUUUCAACAAUCUCCAACAGCAACAUCAGCAGCCGCAAUCGCAACUGCCACAAUCCAACACAUGUCCACGCGCCAACCCUGAUUCCAACUCCAACCCCCGACCCCUUCCAUCUUCCCCUCGCCGCUCCGUAACACACCCGCAAGCCCCAACCCCAACACCCACCUAUCUCUCCCAAUCCUCCCACCCCCCCAAACUCCGCGCAACCGCGCAACCGCUGCUCAUAAUCCUCGAUCUAAACGGCACGCUCAUACACCGCGUAGGCCGGCGACCGAUCCGUUUCAAAACCCGACCUGGCCUGCACAAAUUCAUCACAGAGCUAUUCGCAAAUUACACGGUGAUGGUGUGGACAAGUUCGCAGCCGCUGACGGUGCGGGAGGUAUUCGAGAAGACUUUCACGAAGGAGGAGAGGGGGAAGUUUAUCGCUGUGUGGGCGCGGGAUACGCUGGGGCUGACGGCAAGGCAGUAUUCGGAGAAGGUGCAGGUUUAUAAGAGGUUGGAUAAGGUGUGGAGAGAUGAGCGGAUUGUCCAGACUUAUCCGGGAAGUGCUGGAAUUGCUGAAACCGCUAGAAGCGUUGAAACCGAAGCCGAAACCGAAACCGAAACCGAUAUCGAUAAUACCAGCGGCAAUCUUGCACAUCCUAUCGGUGAUAGUAAGACGAAGAAGACAAGGAACAACAAAGCCAAAAGCAUAACUACAACCACAUCUCCAUCGCCCACCCCAUGGAACCAAACAAACACCAUCCUAAUAGACGAUAGCGCCCUCAAAGCCCUCGCACAACCCCACAACAUCAUUGAAAUCCCCGAAUUCACAAACUCCAACCCCGCCGCGUACGAGGAGAAAGUGCUCGAUACCGUACUGCGGCAGCUGCACGUCCUUUCCCGCUACGAGGAUGUUAGCUGCAAAGUGCGCGAGUGGGAGGAAAUAAGGAAGAGGCUGCAGCACCAGCAGCAACAGCAGAAAAAGGGUGGGAAUGGGGAAGGACAUGGUGGUGGUGAUGGCAGCAUGCCGCGAUCCCAUUCGAAGGUUGAUAUUGAGGAAUUUUGGGAUAAGCAGCUAGCGAGAGAUGAGGAGGUCAUUGGGCUGAUGGAUGGAGCCGGAGAGGGUACGGGUACGGGUGCGGGCGCGGAUGCGGAUGUGGAUGCAUUGCUGGCCAAUCAAUCCCUGUCGCAAUUAGAAAUACAGACGCCAGUCCAGACGCGGAAUGGUCAUGAGAACCCAGUUCCAAAUCAUAUCCAAGCACCGCAACCAACCAAUCGUUUAGCGGAAGAAGAUUCAAAAAAUAUGCCAUUAGAAGAAGCGAGAGUGCAUAGGAGACGUGAAAAGAAGCGUGUGAAGAAAGCUGCCCGGCUCGCUGCGGAUGCGGAUGCGGCCGUAGAGACUGAUGCUGUAACUGUUGCUGGCGGCGAUGAUCCAUGGGACAGUAGAACAGACUGGGGGAGUAGAGAUAGGGAGGCGGAGGGGGGUGUUGUACUAGAUGAUGGAUUGAGAGCCUAG